AGGCAGAACCUUGCUAGUACUCACAUGUUGUUCUGGAGAAGAUUAUCCAGGUCAAUACCGUGUUAUUAUCAUUCAUUUGUGCUGCCUCUUGGUCUUUGUCACUCCCUCAUCGGUUAUAAUGGCUCCUUGGCUCAUCCAUUGGCCACUUUGUAA